GGUGGGGGCACCUCUGAUCGGUGGCGUCGCCAUGAGCUCACACCCUCGUCGCAUCCGCCUGAAGCCCUGGCUGGUGGCCCAAGUGAACAGCGGCCAGUAUCCCGGCCUCCGUUGGGUGGAUGCCGAGCGGAAGAGCUUCUGCAUUCCCUGGCGCCAUGCCACCCGGCACAUCCCCAGCCAGGACGACGAGAACACCAUCUUCAAGGCCUGGGCCAAAGAGACUGGCAAGUACAACGAGGGGGUGGAUGAACCGGACCCGGCCAAGUGGAAGGCCAACCUGCGGUGCGCCCUGAACAAGAGCCGUGAGUUCAACCUGCUGUUUGACGGGACCAAGGCCAACCCGAUGCAGCCCUACAAGAUCUACGAGGUUUGCGAUGUGCCACACCCCAACGGAGAGUCCUUUGCUGGCGAUGAACACAUUGGAUGUGAAGACGAGGAGGAGUUGCAGAAGAUGAUGCCAACACUGAGGAUUGGAGACCCGAACCACAGCGGGGAGCCUCUGCCCCCUUACCCGUGGCUGAAGCAAGAGGUCCUGUACUCCAGCGCUUGUGGCAAUAGAUCUUUCCCCCACGUGGCACACCAGGAGGGCCCGGUCGCCCCCCCUCCGCCGCCUCCCAUGGGUGCUUUCGCCGUCGGAGGGGAUCCCGCAGCGGCCAGCUUUGCUGAACCAGCUGGCAGAAUGCCUCUCGCGCCCCUUGGCCCCGGGAACAUGGCCGUGCCGGGAGAGCUGCAGGCACUGCCCCCGGGGGGCUGCCCCGUGGUGCCCAUAGAGCAGUUCAUCCCAAAUUUGCUGAUCAGCCCACACAUGCUGCCCCUGACCGACCUGGAGAUCAAGUUCCACUACCGCGGCCGCAGCGCGGGCACCCUGACCAUCAGCAACCCGCACGGCUGCCGCCUCUUCUACAGCAACCUGGAGCCCACACAGGAGCAGGUGGAGUUGUUCGGGCCGGUGACGCUGGAGCAGGUGCGCUUCCCCAGCACGGAGGCCGUGCCCAACGAGAAGCAGCGCUUCUACACCCACCAGCUGCUGGACGUCUUGGAUCGGGGCCUCAUCCUGGAGCUGCAAGGGCAGGACAUCUACGCCAUCCGGCUGUGCCAGUGCAAAGUCUUCUGGACCGGGCCCUGCGCCGGGGAGCUGGCGGGGCCCAAUCCCAUCGAGCGCGAAAAGAAGAUCAAACUCUUCAGCCUGGAGAGCUUCCUCAAUGGACUCAUCCUGUUCCAGAAGGGGCAAAGCACCACACCCCCGCCCUACGAGAUUUUCUUCUGUUUUGGGGAAGAGUGGCCGGACCAGAAGCCGAAAGAGAAAAAGCUUAUCACAGUCCAGGUGGUGCCAGUAGCUGCCCGGCUCCUGCUGGAAAUGUUCUCCGGGGAACUGUCCUGGUCAGCCGACAGUGUUCGCCUCCAGAUCUCCCACCCGGAUCUCAAGGACAAAAUGGUGGAGCAAUUCAAGGAACUGCACCAGCUGUGGCAAACACAGCAAAGUGUCCAAGUCCAAAACCUGGAGCCCCCGGGGGCCGACACCUGGGCCAUGCAGACCAGCGGCGGCAGCAGCAUGCAGCAGUGAGGACGGCUGCCACCCGCUCUCGUGCCCGCUUCCGCGAUUCUUGUGGGACCAUCGCAGCUCCACAGGAUCGUCUCUGGACAGCCCCCCCUCGCCCCCCUCCCUGUGCACUUCUCUGCCGUGCACGGGAAGUCCCAUCGGGAGCCGACGUGGACACAAACCACUCACUCCCCUCGUCCUGCGCACUGGCAGCCUUUCCUUUC